AACUCAACACAUUUGUAAUCAAAACACUCGACCGAUAUCAGUCUCGUUUGGUGUCUUGCGGGAAGUGUUUGCCUCGAAAUUCCGCUUUCAUAUUUUUCCUCAGAUGAGUUACCCAGGCGCCAACCCCGGCGUCGGCUUCGGCCAGGGUUCACAGUACCCGAUGUAUCCGCCCUCGGGGUUCAGCGGAGCAGGGCAGUACCCGCCUGCGCCUGGAGCCUCGCCCUACCCCCCCCCCGGGGGCCGCGCCAUACCCUCCGGCGCCAUACCCAGGGAGCUCGCCUUACCCCCCUGCCCCGGGAGCCUCGCCUUACCCUCCUGCUCCAGGGGCGUCGCCAUACCCUCCGGUACCGGGGGCCUCUCCCUACCCGCCUGCCCCAGGGGCGUCGCCUUACCCUCCCGCCCCUGGGUCGUCUCCCUACCCUCCUGCCCCGGGGGCCUCGCCCUACCCCCCAGCGCCGGGGGCCUCGCCAUAUCCUCAGGUGCCGGGGGCCUCGCCCUACCCUCCCGCGCCGGGGCGUCGCCGUACCCGCCUGCGCCAGGGUCGUCUCCAUACCCGCCGGCCCCCGGAGGGUCCUCCUAUCCGCCGGCCACAGGGGCGGGCUACCCACCGGCUCCCGGGGCCGGCCCUUACCCUGCGGGAGGGCCUCAGCAGUACCCUCCAGCCACCGGCGGCGCCUACCCUCCCGCUGGAGGCAGCCCGUACCCCGGUAGUGGCGCAGGGUAUCCGCUCCCCGGAGGCAGCCCUUACCCCGGUGGGCAGCCGGGCCAGGCCCCCAGCACCGGCUACCCCGGCGGCAGUCCCAGCCCCAACCUGAGUGCCCAGACGGCCUAUCGCACUCAGUCGGCAGCUCCGGGCGGCAGUGUCCUGGCCUACUCGGAGAUUCCCACUGUGUCGGCUGCAGGGCACUUUGACCCUAGCAGUGAUGCUGCCGCUCUGAGGAAGGCCAUGAAGGGCUUUGGGACUGACGAAGCUGCCAUCAUUGCAAUCCUGUCUCGCAGGACCUCCGACCAGCGUCAGCAGAUCAUGCUGAAGUACCAGCAGUCCUAUGGCAGGGAGGAAGGAGAUGGUUCUAAGAAAGCCCUCACUGGGGACUUGGUGAAGGACCUGAAGAGCGAGCUUAGUGGCAAAUUUGAAGACACCAUUCUUGCCCUGAUGACCCCUCUGCCGCUCUUCCUUGCCAAGGAGAUCAAUCACGCCAUUGCUGGGGUUGGAACCAACGAGAGAACCCUAGUGGAGAUCCUGUGCACUAGGGACAAUGCCUCACUUAUGUUGAUCAAGAAUGCUUACUACCAGCAUUUCCGCAAGAAGCUGGAGGAAGACCUCCAUGGCGAUACCUCAGGAGAUUUCCGCCGUCUCCUCAUUUCAAUGUGCGCAUGUGCCAGGGAUGAGGCGAGCUGUGAUCCAGCCCUGGCAAACAAUUUGGCCCAACAGCUAUACAAGGCAGGUGAAGGCAAGAUGGGUACAGAUGAGGCAGAAUUCAACCGCAUUCUGUCAGCUUACUCGUAUCCCCUCCUGCGCUGCGUGUUUGAAGAAUACAGGAAGAUUAAGGGAAAGACCUUUGGCGAUGCCAUUGAUUCUGAGCUGUCUGGAGACCUGAAGCUUGGCAUGAAGACCAUCUAUCAGUGCAUCGAGAACCGAGCAGCUUUCUUUGCCAAGGAGCUGCAUAAUUCCAUGGCCGGGGCAGGCACCAAUGACAGGGCUCUUAUUCGCUUGGUGGUGUCUCGCAGUGAGAUCGACAUGGGCAACAUCAAGCAGGAAUAUCAAAAGCUGUACAAGAAGCCCUUGGAGAAGGACAUCAAGGACGACACCUCUGGCGACUACAAGAGAGUACUCCUUGCGCUUGUUGAAGGCUAAGUUCUUUCUCCCCCACUCAACUGCUUUUGCCUUCCCUGUAAGACCCGUGAUUCUAAUGCAGUGCAAUCUGUUCUAGGACGACGUUGGCGGAGACUACAAGAAGAUACUUGUGGGGUUGGUUGAUGGCUAGACUUCUCUCUUGCUUACCAGAGCUCUGGCUUGCCAUCUGCACACAGACAUUGGAGGAAAUUCAUACCUAGUAGCAUUUAAAGGAUUCAAGAGUGCUAGUAGUAUAGCCAUAUUUUGUAAGGAUAUUUUAUCUACUCUUUUUCUAUUUUUGUCUCUUUUUUAUGUUGUGGGUACAAAAGUGUGCUGUUUAUUUUCUUUUUCUUUUCCUCCUUUGUCAGUAAUUCCAGACUUCUUUUUGGUGAAACUGUUUUUUUGUGUUUUUGACUUAUAUAUUAUAGAAUGCCAAGUCGAGAUUGAAAUUGAAAUAGAAAAUGCAAAAAAAGAAAGAUUACGAGUCAAACCGUGAAUGUUUAAUAGAGUAGUUGAGUAGAUGGAAGAAAGGAGUCUUGUUGUAUUAGAGAGAACGCAAUUUUUAUCAGAGUAAUUUUGUGUAUGAUUCUUAUAAGCAAGAAAAUCUAGAUUUUUGAACUCUUGUAUCUUUGCAUGGAACAAAGCCAGUUAUUGUAUUUUGAAUAAUUAAUGUCUCAGAGAAUGUUCUUUUUUAUAUGCAGAUUUCUAUUUUAAAUCGUCAGUUGUUGCAUUGUCCAUGUCUGUAAUAAAUAUGUAUCAUAUGAUAUUGAUAUUACAGUAUUUGUUUUACAAGUAUUCAAUACAUCCAAUAAAAGGUAAUUCAUUCUAAUUGUUGUCAAAUCUUCAGGAAUGUCUCUCACAUUUGGUUCAUAGUGCUACACAGGAACCAAAAGAAAGACACCUGAAAUAUCUUCGAGUAUAUGUUUAAAUUAUAUUGAUUUUCUAAGUGUUAUAUUUGUACUUACUUUUGAGUACUUACUAUUCUAUAAAGCGUAUCUUAUUGAUUAUCUAAAUAAAGGAUGUGAUUAAACAGG